AUGGUUCCUGGCGCUGAGGACAAGGUUCCCGACGCUGAGGACAAGACUCCUGACGCUGAGAACAAGGUUCCUGCCGCUGAGGACAAGGUUCGUGGCGGUGAGGACAAGGUUCCUGGCGCUGAGGACAAGGUUCCUGACGCUGAGGACAAGGUUCCUGACGCUGAGGACAAGGUUCCUGACGCUGAGGACAAGGUUCCUGUCGCCGAGGACCAGGUUCCUGACGCUGAGGUGAAGGUUCCUGACGCUGAGGACAAGGUUGCUGCCUGUGAGGACAAGGUUCCAGGCGGUGAGGACAACGUCUCUGGCGCUGAGAACAAGGUUCCUGGCGCUGAGGACAAGAUUCCUGACGCUCAGGACAAGGUUCCUGACGCUGAAGACAAGGUUCCUGACGCUGAGAACAAGGUUGCUGACGCCGAGGACAAGGUUCCUGACGCUAAGGUGAAGGUUCCUGACGCUGAGGACAAGGUUGUUGGCUGUGAGGACAAGGUUCCUGGCGGUGAGGACAACGUCUCUGGCCCUGAGAACAUGGUUCCUGGCGCUGAGGACAAGGUUCCCGACGCUGAGGACAAGGUUCCUGAUGCUGAGGACAAGGUUCCUGCCGCUGAGGACAAGGUUCGUGGCGGUGAGGACAAGGUUCCUGGCGGCGAGGACAAGGUUCCUGACGCUGAGGACAAGGUUCCUGAGGCGGAGGACAAGCUUCCUGACGCUGAGGACAAGGUUCCUGGCGGUGAGGACGAGGUUCCUGGCUGGGGACAAGGUUCCUGGCGCUGAAGACAAGGUUCCUGACACUGACGACAAGGUUCCUGACGCUGAGGACAGGGUUCCUGACGCUGAGGACAAGGUUCCUGAUGCUGAGGUGAAGGUUCCUGAUGCUGAUGACAAGGUUGCUGGCUGUGAGGACAAGGUUCCUGGCGGUGACGACAACGUCUCUGGCGCUGAGAACAAGAUUCCUGGCGCUGAGGACAAGGUUCCUGACGCUGAGGACAAGGUUCCUGACGCUGAGGACAAGGUUCGUGACGCUGAGGACAAGGUUCCUGACGCUGAGGAGAAGGUUCCUGGUGGUGAGGACAAGGUUCCUGGCGGUGAGGACAACGUCCCUGGCGCUGAGGACAAGGCUCCUGGCGAUGAAGACAAGGUUCCUGACGCACAAGGUUGCUGCCUGUGAGAACAAGGUUCCUGCCGGGGAGGGCAACAUCUCUGGCGCUGAGAACAAGGUUCCUGACGCUGAGGACAAGGUUGCUGGCUGUGAGGACAAGGUUCCUGGCGGUGAGGACAACGUCUCUGGCCCUGAGAACAUGGUUCCUGGCGCUGAGGACAAGGUUCCCGACGCUGAGGACAAGGUUCCUGACGCUGAGGACAAGGUUCCUGCCGCUGAGGACAAGGUACGUGGCGGUGAGGACAAGGUUCCUGGCGCUGAGGACAAGGUUCCUGACGCUGAGGAAAAAGUUCCUGACGCUGAGGACAAGGUUCGUGACGCUGAGGACAAGGCUCCUGGCGCUGAGGACAAGGUUCCUGGCGCUGACGACAAGGUUCCUGGCGGCGAGGACAAGGUUCCUGACGCUGAGCAUAAGGUUCCUGACACUGAGGACAAGGUUCCUGACGCGGAGGACAAGGUUCCUGACGCUGAGGACAAGGUUGCUGGGGGUGAGGACAAGGUUCCUGGCGGUGAGGACAACGUUCCUGGCGCUGAGGACAAGGUUCCUGGCGCUGAAGACAAGGUUCCUGACGCCGAGGACAAGGAUCCUGACACUGAGGACAAGGUUCCUGACGCUGAGGACAAGGUUCCUGACGCCGAGGACAAGGUUCCUGACGAGGUGAAGGUUCCUGACGCUGAGAACAAGGUUGCUGCCUGUGAGGACAAGGUUCCUGGCGGUGAGGACAACGUCUCUGGCGCUGAGAACAAGGUUCCUGGCGCUGAGGACAAGAUUCCUGACGCUGAGGACAAGGUUCCUGACGCUGAGGACAAGGUUGCUGACGCCGAGGACAAGGUUCCUGACGCUGAGGUGAAGGUUCCUGACGUUGAGGACAAGGUUGCUGGCUGUGAGGACAAGGUUCCUGGCGGUGAGAACAACGUCUCUGGCCCUGAGAACAUGGUUCCUGGCGCUGAGGACAAGGUUCCCGACGCUGAGGACAAGGUUCCUGACGCUGAGGACAAGGUUCCUGCCGCUGAGGACAAGGUUCGUGGCGGUGAGGACAAGGUUCCUGGCGCUGAGGACAAGGUUCCUGGCGCUGAGGACAAGGUUCCUGACGCUGAGGACAAGGUUCCUGAGGCGGAGGACAAGAUUCCUGACGUUGAGGACAAGGUUCCUGACGCACAAUGUUGCUGCCUGUGAGGACAAGGUUCCUGGCGGUGAGGACAACGUCUCUGGCGCUAAGAACAAGGUUCCUGUCGCUGAGGACAAGGUUCCUGACGCUGAGGACAAGGUUCCUGACGCCGAGGACAAGGUUCCUGACGCUGAGGUGAAGGUUCCUGACGCUGAGGACAAGGUUGCUGGCUGUGAGGACAAGGUUGCUGGCGGUGAGGACAACGUCUCUGGCGCUGAGAACAAGGUUCCUGGGGCUGAGGACAAGAUUCCUGACGCCGAGGACAAGGUUCCUGACGCUGAGGACAAGGUUCCUGACGCUGAGGACAAGGUUCCUGACGCCGAGGACAAGGUUCCUGACGCUGAGGUGAAGGUUCCUGACGCUGAGGACAAGGUUGCUGCCUGUGAGGACAAGGUUCCUUGCGGUGAGGACAACGUCUCUGGCCCUGAGAACAUGGUUCCUGGCGCUGAGGACAAGGUUCCCGACGCUGAGGACAAGGUUCCUGACGCUGAGGACAACGUUCCUGCCGCUGAGGACAAGGUUCGUGGCGGUGAGGACAAGGUUCCUGGCGCUGAGGACAAGGUUCCUGACGCUGAGGACAAGGUUCCUGAGGCGGAGGACAAGCUUCCUGACGCUGAGGACAAGGUUCCUGGCGGUGAGGACGAGGUUCCUGGCUGGGGACAAGGUUCCUGGCGCUGAAGACAAGGUUCCUGACACUGACGACAAGGUUCCUGACGCUGAGGACAGGGUUCCUGACGCUGAGGACAAGGUUCCUGACGCUGAGGUGAAGGUUCCUGAUGCUGACGACAAGGUUGCUGGCUGUGAGGACAAAGUUCCUGGCGGUGACGACAACGUCUCUGGCGCUGAGAACAAGAUUCCUGGCGCUGAGGACAAGGUUCCUGACGCUGAGGACAAGGUUCCUGACGCGGAGGACAAGGUUCGUGACGCUGAGGACAAGGUUCCUGACGCUGAGGAGAAGGUUCCUGGCGGUGAGGACAUGGUUCCUGGCGGUGAGGACAACGUCCCUGGCGCUGAGGACAAGGCUCCUGGCGAUGAAGACAAGGUUCCUGACGCACAAGGUUGCUGCCUGUGAGAACAAGGUUCCUGGCGGGGAGGGCAACAUCUCUGGCGCUGAGAACAAGGUUCCUGGCGCUGAGGACAAGGUUCGUGGGGGUGAGGACAAGGUUCCUGACGCUGAGGACAAGGUUCCUGACGCUGAGGACAAGGUUCCUGAGGCGGAGGACAAGAUUCCUGACGCUGAGGACAAGGUUCCUGACGCACAAGGUUGCUGCCUGUGAGGACAAGGUUCCUGUCGCUGAGGACAAGGUUCCUGACGCUGAGGACAAGGUUCCUGACGCCGAGGACAAGGUUCCUGACGCUGAGGUGAAGGUUCCUGACGCUGAGGACAAGGUUGCUGGCUGUGAGGACAAGGUUGCUGGCGGUGAGGACAACGUCUCUGGCGCUGAGAACAAGGUUCCUGGGGCUGAGGACAAGAUUCCUGACGCCGAGGACAAGGUUCCUGACGCUGAGGACAAGGUUCCUGACGCUGAGGACAAGGUUCCUGACGCUGAGGUGAAGGUUCCUGACGCUGAGGACAAGGUUGCUGCCUGUGAGGACAAGGUUCCUUGCGGUGAGGACAACGUCUCUGGCCCUGAGAACAUGGUUCCUGGCGCUGAGGACAAGGUUCCCGACGCUGAGGACAAGGUUCCUGACGCUGAGGACAACGUUCCUGCCGCUGAGGACAAGGUUCGUGGCGGUGAGGACAAGGUUCCUGGCGCUGAGGACAAGGUUCCUGACGCUGAGGACAAGGUUCCUGAGGCGGAGGACAAGCUUCCUGACGCUGAGGACAAGGUUCCUGGCGGUGAGGACGAGGUUCCUGGCUGGGGACAAGGUUCCUGGCGCUGAAGACAAGGUUCCUGACACUGACGACAAGGUUCCUGACGCUGAGGACAGGGUUCCUGACGCUGAGGACAAGGUUCCUGACGCUGAGGUGAAGGUUCCUGAUGCUGACGACAAGGUUGCUGGCUGUGAGGACAAAGUUCCUGGCGGUGACGACAACGUCUCUGGCGCUGAGAACAAGAUUCCUGGCGCUGAGGACAAGGUUCCUGACGCUGAGGACAAGGUUCCUGACGCGGAGGACAAGGUUCGUGACGCUGAGGACAAGGUUCCUGACGCUGAGGAGAAGGUUCCUGGCGGUGAGGACAUGGUUCCUGGCGGUGAGGACAACGUCCCUGGCGCUGAGGACAAGGCUCCUGGCGAUGAAGACAAGGUUCCUGACGCACAAGGUUGCUGCCUGUGAGAACAAGGUUCCUGGCGGGGAGGGCAACAUCUCUGGCGCUGAGAACAAGGUUCCUGGCGCUGAGGACAAGGUUCGUGGGGGUGAGGACAAGGUUCCUGACGCUGAGGACAAGGUUCCUGACGCUGAGGACAAGGUUCCUGAGGCGGAGGACAAGAUUCCUGACGCUGAGGACAAGGUUCCUGACGCACAAGGUUGCUGCCUGUGAGGACAAGGUUCCUGUCGCUGAGGACAAGGUUCCUGACGCUGAGGACAAGGUUCCUGACGCCGAGGACAAGGUUCCUGACGCUGAGGUGAAGGUUCCUGACGCUGAGGACAAGGUUGCUGGCUGUGAGGACAAGGUUGCUGGCGGUGAGGACAACGUCUCUGGCGCUGAGAACAAGGUUCCUGGGGCUGAGGACAAGAUUCCUGACGCCGAGGACAAGGUUCCUGACGCUGAGGACAAGGUUCCUGACGCUGAGGACAAGGUUCCUGACGCCGAGGACAAGGUUCCUGACGCUGAGGUGAAGGUUCCUGACGCUGAGGACAAGGUUGCUGCCUGUGAGGACAAGGUUCCUUGCGGUGAGGACAACGUCUCUGGCCCUGAGAACAUGGUUCCUGGCGCUGAGGACAAGGUUGCCGACGCUGAGGACAAGGUUCCUGACGCUGAGGACAACGUUCCUGCCGCUGAGGACAAGGUUCGUGGCGGUGAGGACAAGGUUCCUGGCGCUGAGGACAAGGUUCCUGACGCUGAGGACAAGGUUCCUGAGGCGGAGGACAAGCUUCCUGACGCUGAGGACAAGGUUCCUGGCGGUGAGGACGAGGUUCCUGGCUGGGGACAAGGUUCCUGGCGCUGAAGACAAGGUUCCUGACACUGACGACAAGGUUCCUGACGCUGAGGACAGGGUUCCUGACGCUGAGGACAAGGUUCCUGACGCUGAGGUGAAGGUUCCUGAUGCUGACGACAAGGUUGCUGGCUGUGAGGACAAAGUUCCUGGCGGUGACGACAACGUCUGUGGCGCUGAGAACAAGAUUCCUGGCGCUGAGGACAAGGUUCCUGACGCUGAGGACAAGGUUCCUGACGCGGAGGACAAGGUUCGUGACGCUGAGGACAAGGUUCCUGACGCUGAGGAGAAGGUUCCUGGCGGUGAGGACAUGGUUCCUGGCGGUGAGGACAACGUCCCUGGCGCUGAGAACAAGGCUCCUGGCGAUGAAGACAAGGUUCCUGAGGCGGAGGACAAGAUUCCUGACGCUGAGGACAAGGUUCCUGACGCACAAGGUUGCUGCCUGUGAGGACAAGGUUCCUGGCGGUGAGGACAACGUCUCUGGCGCUGAGAACAAGGUUCCUGGCGCUGAGGACAAGGUUCCUGACGCUGAGGACAAGAUUCCUGACGCUGAGGACAAGGUUCCUGGCGGUGAGGACGAGGUUCCUGGCUGGGGACAACGUUCCUGGCGGUGAGGACAAGGUUCCUGACGCUGAGGACAAGGUUCCUGACGCUGAGGACAGGGUUCCUGACGCUGAGGACAAGGUUCCUGUCGCUGAGGUGAAGGUUCCUGACGCUGAGGACAAGGUUGCUGGCUGUGAGGACAAGGUUCCUGGCGGUUAGGACAACGUCUCUGGCGCUGAGAACAAGUUUCCUGGCGCUGAGGACAAGGUUCCUGAUGCUGAGGACAAGGUUCCUGGCGGUGAGGACAAGGUUCCUGACGCUGAGGACAAGGUUCCUGACGCUGAGGACAAGGUUCGUGACGCUGAGGACAAGGCUCCUGGCGCUGACGACAAGGUUCCUGGCGCUGAGGACAAGGUUCCUGGCGGUGAGGACAAGGUUCCUGACGCUGAGAAUAAGGUUCCUGACGCGGAGGACAAGGUUCCUGACGCUGAGGACAAGGUUGCUGGGGGUGAGGACAAGGUUCCUGGCGGUGAGGACAACGUCCCUGGCGCUGAGGACAAGGUUCCUGGCGCUGAGGACAAGGUUCCUGACGCCGAGGACAAGGUUCCUGACGCUGAGGACAAGGUUCCUGACGCUGAGGACAAGGUUCCUGACGGCGAGGACAAGGUUGCUGGGGGUGAGGACAAGGUUCCUGGCGGUGAGGACAACGUCCCUGGCGCUGAGGACAAGGUUCCUGGCGCUGACGACAAGAUUCCUGACGCCGAGGACAAGGUUCCUGACGCUGAGGACAAGGUUCCUGACGCGGAGGACAAGGUUCCUGACGCCGAGGACGAGGUUCCUGACGCUGAGGUGAAGGUUCCUGACGCUGAGGACAAGGUUGCUGGCUGUGAGGACAAGGUUCCUGGCGGUGAGGACAACGUCUCUGGCGGUGAGGACAACGUCUCUGGCGCUGAGAACAAGAUUCCUGGCGCUGAGGACAAGGUUCCUGACGCUGAGGACAAGGUUCCUGACGCUGAGGACAAGGUUCGUGACGCUGAGGACAAGGCUCCUGGCGCUGAGGACAAGGUUCCUGGCGCUGAGGACAAGGUUCCUGGCGGUGAGGACAAGGUUCCUGACGCUGAGGAUAAGGUUCCUGACGCUGAGGACAAGGUUCCUGACGCGGAGGACAAGGCUCCUGACGAUGAGGACAAGGUUGCUGGCUGUGAGGACAAGGUUCCUGGCGGUUAGGACAACGUCUCUGGCGCUGAGAACAAGUUUCCUGGCGCUGUGGACAAGGUUCCUGAUGCUGAGGACAAGGUUCCUGACGCUUAGGAUAAGGUUCGUGACGCUGAGGACAAGGUUCCUGGCACUGAGGACAAGGUUCCUGGCGCUGAGGACUAGGUUCCUGGCGGUGAGGACAAGGUUCCUGGCGCUGAGGACAAGGUUCCUGACGCUGAGGACAAGGUUCCUGACGCGGAGGACAAGGUUCCUGACCCUGAGGGCAAGGUUCCUGACGCUGAGGACAGGGUUCCUGACGCUGAGGACAAGGUUCCUGACGCUAAGGUGAAGGUUCCUGACGCUGAGGACAAGGUUGCUGGCUGUGAGGACAAGGUUCCUGGCGGUUAGGACAACGUCUCUGGCGCUGAGAACAAGUUUCCUGGCGCUGAGGACAAGGUUCCUGAUGCUGAGGACAAGGUUCCUGACGCUGAGGAUAAGGUUCGUGACGCUGAGGACAAGGCUCCUGGCGCUGAGGACAAGGUUCCUGGCGCUGACGACAAGGUUCCUGGCGCUGAGGACAAGGUUCCUGGCGGUGAGGACAAGGUUCCUGACGCUGAGAAUAAGGUUCCUGACGCGGAGGACAAGGUUCCUGACGCUGAGGACAAGGUUGCUGGGGGUGAGGACAAGGUUCCUGGCGGUGAGGACAACGUCCCUGGCGCUGAGGACAAGGUUCCUGGCGCUGAAGACAAGGUUCCUGACGCCGAGGACAAGGUUCCUGACGCUGAGGGCAAGGUUCCUGACGCUGAGGACAAGGUUCCUGACGCCGAGGGCAAGGUUCCUGACGCUGAGGUGAAGGUUCCUGACGCUGAGGAGAAGGUUGCUGGCUGUGAGGACAAGGUUCCUGGCGGUGAGGACAACGUCUCUGGCGAUGAGAACAAGUUUCCUGGCGCUGAGGACAAGGUUCCUGAUGCUGAGGACAAGGUUCCUGACGCUGAGGAUAAGGUUCGUGACGCUGAGGACAAGGUUCCUGGCACUGAGGACAAGGUUCCUGGCGCUGAGGACAAGGUUCCUGGCGCUGAGGACAAGGUUCCUGGCGCUGAGGACAAGGUUCCUGACGCUGAGAACAAGGUUUCUGACGCUGCGAACAAGGUUCCUGACGCUGAGGUCAAGGUUCCUGACGCUGGGGACAAUGUUCCUGACGCUGAGAAGAAGGUUCCUGACGCUGAGAACAAGGUUCCUGACGCUGAGAAUAAGGUUCCUGACGCUCAGGGCAAGGUUCCUGGCGGUGAGGACAAGGUUUCCGGCGCUGACGACAAGGUUCCUGGCGCUGACGACAAGGUUCCUGGCGGUGAGGACAAGUUUCCUGGCGGUGAGGACAAGGUUCCUGGCGGUGAGGACACGCACCCAAACUUGUAAGUUAUGAUGUAGUUUUUAACUGACAGGUAGAGAAGCGAGAGAACUUAAACUGUACCAUGCAUUAAACAUAGUCUUAAUAAACCUAUUAUUAAUAUAUUAUUUUAUGAGAAUCUAGUUUUCCGUGAAAUUGCUUUUUUAAGACACGUGAAUUGUGAAACGGCUUUUUUUCCGUUGUGAAACGUGAUCCAUACCCCCCUUUCCCACCGUCUUAAAACAUUAGCCUGUUCGCAAGCCCGAAAAUUCGUUGUAAGGAAACCGGAAAUUUGGGGCCUCCUGGAGUCCCGAGCUUGUUUCUAUAUUGUAAGCUCAAAGUCUACCUCGGUCUGCUUCACUUUCAGUCCGGUUCUAUCUAUCUAUUCAUAAUCGGUAAGCAGUCACUGAAAAGCCCUGAUAGGGAGUGUGCUGUGAAAUAUCUGUGUAUAUUCAGCGGCUUUGUAAUUGGAUUUGCAUUUCUUUUCCAGGAAUGCCAGCGAACUCGAUUAUAGUCCAGUAUCACACAGAAGUUUUAUCAUGUACUGCAGCUGUGAUAUUUUAUAUCCAGUUUGUUGACCUUUAAAAAACCUUUUCCCGGUUUUAAUCGUGGAUAGGCAAUAUUUGCAUAUGUAUUCACGACUGACUGUGCCACGCAUAAAUUACAAAUAUUACAGUUUAAUUGAUGCAAAAGCGCAAACGGGUGUGACUUGGGCGGCGCCAAGCUUUUCGCUGAAGUUGCGUCUUCCACAAUAGCACGCAAGGGCCCAUGGGAAUGCUCUAACUAAAAUUCCAAACGUUAAACGCGUGAUGAAUGACUGGGGAAGAGGCAGGACUCGUACCGUAACGGAUUGUGUAACUUCAGUCUGAAGGAGGAUGGCUCUGGGUACGAAAUUAUACUUGUCUUUGAUUGAAAGAAUUUUUCAGGAAUAAGUUGGGUAUAAAAUUUAUGCCUUUAUGAAGUGUAACGAAAUACUUCGCCACAAUAUACUAUGAAAAUAAAGUAAAACUUACGUCACUUGAUAAAAUUAUUUCGUUUCUAGUAAAAAGUAUUCUCACAAAAAUUGACUUCAUUGCAUGCAAAUUUCUCAAAAAUAAUAUACUCAAGUAAAGUAACGAAGUACAUCGAUUUACUUCGUUACAACUAACCACUGGCGAAUAUAUACACACGUAAACCAUGUUUGUGGUGUUACUCUGAGUAUGCAUCCACACCGGGCAAGCUGAAAAGUUUGCCUGACCAAGGUGGGAAUCGAACCCGCGACCUUUAGCCUGUUAAUUUAGGACUGACUAGUCCAAUCAUGAUUAAUAGACGUAGAGUGGUCCAAUGCUGUACCAACUGAGCUACGAGGUCGAGUCCACAACUUACUAACCGAUCAGUUCGAGUUCGGGCGAGUCAAGUCGGUCAGGCAAACUUUUCAGCUUACCUGGUGUGGAUGUAUACUCGAGUCACCUGAGUACUCAAACAGACACAAAAUGUAAACUAUGUUUUUAAUUCUAUGUAAACCAUGUAAUUAAUUCUAUUUCAUUUUAUUUCAUCAAGUUUCCUUACUUCCAGGUUUACUAGAGGGGUUUAGAUUGGACCCCGCUUAAUACGCAUUUGAUUGGAACAUGCAAUUAAAAUAAUUAAAUAGGCAUUUGAUGAUAAAUAAAUACGCAUUUGAUGAUAAAUAAAUACGCAUUUGAUUAAAACGCGACCUCGACCGAACGUUAACGAACAAACUCCGCAUCGCAAAAUCCGCUCUUUAACAAAUUUGAGCUCAAUUCUAAAGUAUUUUAACAAAUAAGGCAGCGCGACAAAAAUAUCGAGUAGCGUCAGGAAGUGAAAAAACUGAAGUAUCGGGCCCAAUGAAAACCCCGCUGAACCGACUCCCCCCUCCUCCAUCAAAAAUCAAAUGGUCGGGGUGUUACUGUAUACUUCCAUAUUGCAAAUUUUGUAAUCAAAUCAAAGUCCCUCUUGAAAAUCGGAUCUGACUUGUUGUAGGGGUGUGAGUUGAAUGUAGUUUGACCAGACCGAAAUUCUAUUUUAGUUUUACAAAAUCAAACAUUCCUCAAAUUUUCAGCAUCACAGGAUGUCAACAUGAAAUUGGAUAUCGUGUAUGGUCGUCAUGCCAUUGAUCUUGUGACUGUCUCAAGGUAUUAAUAUCACGAUUGUUUUGGCGAAUGCUUCACUGAUUUCCAAAAUGUCUGAGGUAGUACCGGUGUUGUGAAACUUACAUUUGGCUUUUUAGCGAACAAGAUUCGCAGUGGAAUUGCAGAACGUUUGAAAGAUAGCGACGUCACGGACGAAGAAUGUCGGCGCUUGAUCGUCAGAGAACUUGACGAUAUCAAAAGCAAGCUAGAUGGCUUGGCAAGAAAGGAUUUACUGAGUAGCCUUUGUUUUCUACAAGAAGGAGUCAAUAGGUUAUAUCAGUCCCUAUUUCAAGUGGAUUCAAGUGAGAAUACAGCGGAAUCGUCCGAACAAGCGGCCUUAGUUGAAGCUCCGUCAUUCAGAGACACUGGUCCUGAUUUGCCUAUCAAUGAAGGCAUUGCUCUUAUAAAUGCCAUCACGUCAUUGAAAAUACGUUCCAAGAAACGCUUUAAAUCCGCCAUAGAAUCGUUUAAACUCGCGCGUGAAAAAGCGACCGAAGCAUUCUGUAACGAAGCGUUGUCCAUCGAAGACCGAAUUCAAGCGUCGCAAGUCAGAAUGAUGGCGAGAAUUCUGGAAAAUUUGGAAGACCCAGAAGCAAGCGAAAGUGAUUGCUUACAGUACCUUAAGCAACUUCAUGAUAUCGGAGCUAUUCGAGAAAUAUUUUCCGUUCUGAUUGACGGAGGAAUGAAGUCGAUGUUCAAUAAAACGAAGCGACUUAACAAUGCCACGUCAGUUCAAGUCAUAAAUCAAAUAUUGUUUGAGUUCGUCAGAAAGUUCACGAAACAGCCAUUGCUCACGAGGAUGUUUGCCUGGCCAACGAUUUUGCUCGGUGAAAAAACUUACCAUCCCGUGCUUGGAGAAGAUCGCAUUAUUGAAAAACUUAAAGGGUCUGGUAUGCGAGUAAUGUCACUGGGUUCAGAUUUUACAUUUGAUGAUGAAAUUGACCCUCUAUAUCGUUCUGUUGUGAACAGCAAAGGAGACAUCGUUGCACUGACUGCAUAUACUUUUAAAGUUUUUAAACGUUCAGAGGAAAGUCGUAUUCUAUGUGAAGCUCCCAGGGAACAGCAUACGUCAAAAUACUACGUUAUAAAGACGAUGAAUAUCGAUGCCGAAGAUAACCUAUAUGUCAUCACUGCAUUCCAAGAAAAAAAUGAGGAAUCAUGGAGUUUUAAGUUGUUUAUCUUUGAUGAAAAUGGAAACAAAAAGGUUGACUCUCCGUUACCUUUCCGUGAAAGCUCUUAUGUAGAAGUGUACAUGGCAAUAAACAAGGACGGGAAGAUUGCUAUUUUAAAUCGCGGGCAGAGAAUCCGGUAUAUUGGUAACGUAUGUGUGGAGCUGAAUUCGUUUAAAGUCGACAAAAGUUUUUCAUUCAGGGAAUUAUUGAUCCGUUCAGUACGAUUCUCAAGUUUUGAUGAAACAAUAAUUGCCGAAGGCGACUUUGCUGUUUAUAUCUACACAGAAAACGGAGAGUUACAACGCAAAAUUGAGGCACCCACACGAUAUGUAUUUAUUUGGUCCAUUGCAAUAAAUCACGUCACAAAACGCAUCCUAGUUAAAAUAAGUGAGUCAUCAAUAAAUAGUCUGCUGAGUUUCUCAGAAACUGGGGAACUACAAGACAGUCUAUGUUUGGGGUCCAGCGAGUGGGUUAGAUAUGCGGAGCUAAAAUCACAUCCAAAUGGUCCAGUUGCUUUAGUUGGUGAAACACGAGCAACUUUACUUCAACUGUAG